AUGGCUGUUACACAAAUUUAUAAUGCACUUGAUUACUCUUCUUGUAUUUUACAACAUGAAUGUGGAAUAUUCUCUAUUUUAUUAGACAAUGGAACAUGGACCCAGCUUAUCCUUGUCAGUGACUACCAUGAAAAUGGAUCCCUCUUUGACUACCUGAAUGCCCAUUCAAUUGAUGUACCUGGAAUGUUGAGAAUGGCACUCUCUAUUUCUACUGGACUAGCUCAUCUGCACAUGGAGAUUAUGGGCAUGCAAGGUAAACCAGCCAUUGCCCACCGAGACAUCAAGUCCAAGAACAUCCUGGUUAAACGCAAUGGUCAGUGUGCUAUUGCUGAUUUGGGACUUGCUGUCAGACAUGACUCUGUUACAGAUACAGUGGAUAUCUUCCCCAACAAUCGCAUAGGUACAAAGCGUUACAUGGCUCCAGAGGUGUUAGAUGAUACCAUUAACAUGAAUCACUUUGAUUCCUUCAAGCGGGCUGAUGUAUAUUCCUUUGGAUUAGUACUAUGGGAGACGGGAAGAAGAUGCUCAGUAUUUGGUAUCCAUGAAGAGUUUUGUCUACCAUACCACCCAUGGGUACCAAUGGAUCCUCCUAUUGAAGAAAUGAGGAGGAUAGUGUGUGUUGAGAAGAGGAGACCACCCAUUCCUAACAGAUGGAACAGUCAUAAGAUCAUGGAAUCUUAUGCUAAGGUGAUUAAGGAGUGUUGGUAUCAGAACGGAGCUGCCCGUCUCACUGCACUUCGUAUCAAGAAGACCUUGGCUGGUUUGAUGGGACCCUCAGAACCCGAGGUCUUACUCCCACCGGCAAACAUGCAGAAUACAUGUGACCCCUCGCAGAGCGGGGACGACCUCAAGGGGAGACUGCCCCCCUCUGCCAUCAUCCCUACCUCGCAUCCUCCGGUUGGUCCUAACCCAUACCCCAUCCUCAGCUAGUGGGGGUUUUUACCAACAGCUCUUUUGGU